AUGGCGAGCUUAGAAAAACAGCUAAGUGCCUUCAAAGUGAUUAUUCAGAAGUCAGCUAUAAGUGUCGUUUGCCCUCAAUGCCUGCAAGGGUUCCCCCGUUCCGAUGUCCUCUACCGCCACUUUAAGACCGAGAAAGACAAUAUCCAUAGGGGUCUCAGCAUGCGAAAGUCCGAUUUCAAACAAUUCCUCGCCUGCUAUCAGGAGGCUCUGGGAGCUUCAAUCUCUGCCGAAAAGCUACGGUAUGGUUACAAGUGCUUCGAGGUUAUGUUUGUGGUUGAACAUUAUGCCAAUGAUGCCGAAAAAGUUCAAAUGAACAGUUCCUCUCGGUCAUCAGAGUCAUAUGAAACCGGUUUGCCCUCUGAAGCAUGAGAGUUAGCCUUUAUCGAAGUCGAACCGGGGCUUUCGAAAGCCAGCCACAACAAUUAGUCUUCAUAUCAAGACGGCUUUCAGCAAUUGAUGAACCACAUAUUCCGACGUGAAUGGGGAAGAUUCUACUAGCAAAUAAUUUCGGAUUGCUUUAGUGAAGGCUCGAGAAGUACCUCUC